AUGGCAGAAUUUCUAAAAGAAGUAGCUGAAGGAGAAGAAACUGGCAAUCAUUAUCAAAGUUUUUUGGAAAAUUUUAAUGCACAACGAAUUUUAGUAAAACGAUUAAAAAAACUAACACUAACAGAUGAGGAAUUUGUACUAUGUGGAGUAGAGACUAUUG